CGUAGAUUCUCACGGCUUCUACCAUUAGUUUUUACCUAUCCUAUCCUCGGAGCUGCGAGCCAUAUACUCGAGUACAACGUCCUCACCGCCUUCCAGAAGCUAUCUGAAACAUGCAGCAUCGUCUUCGGUCCGUUCUUGAUGGCCCCUUCAGCAUCUAAGUAUCACCCAUGCCAUUCCGAGUCCCAUCUUCACUUUGCGCCUGAUGCUCAAAGCUACUGAUGCACUCCUCAAACCCCAUGGAUCUUCCUCCUCUUCCACCAAGCCCAGCCCGCUCGCUAUUUCCACAAGCGUCAUUCGCGUGCCCCCUCUCGUAUCCCGCAUCCUCUCCGCCAUGCUCGCGCAGUACCCUUGGACACCCCCGAUACGUCAGGGGCAUGGGUCGCCGCCUUGGCGAUGCAGGGUCAGGUGGGAUAAGCGAUGCAAAGGGUCUGGAUACGACCGUCACCACCUCUGGGGUCCACUAGCGUGGGUGCGAUAGGCGAAGCUGAGUACGUGGUGGAGAUUCCCGAGGAAGGUGAUUCGGCCGCACUCAAGGCGUUUCGGGAUGCGCUCACGGGUAUGGCGGGUGACCUUGCGCAGUUGGCGGUGGGGGGCGACGGGGACGUGACCAAGUUUGUCGAGAUUAAGGUCAAGGUGCCAACAUUCGAGGACACCAGCAUCCUCUCGCGCGCCAUCUUCACCUCGGCACUCGUCAAGAUCACGCUAUACGGCGAAGACGCAAACUGGGGCCGCAUCCUCUCCGCGACCGGUCCCGUCGCCACCCGCCUCUCUACCCCGAUCAACCCCUCUCACGUCAGCGUCACAUUCACCACCAACCCUACCUCUUCCUCCUCUCCCCCGUCUCCCUCCUCGCCAAAGCUUAUGCCCGCCGUAACCCCCUCGGUGCUCGCUUUGAAGCCACCCAUGUCCUCGGCCGUGCCCAGCGCGCAGUUCUGCAAUGAGCAAAGGAACAUUAGGGAUCUCGAGGUGCUCAAGGGCGGCGAGCUUAUCAAGUUCAGCUAGGGGCACGCCAAGUGCUGCCUGGUGAUGAGGAUUUCGGAAUUGUGUUAGACGUGCUGGACAGGAGGAGGGUGCUGGACGUGCGAUUUCCAGCUUCAAAUAUGCGCAGACCAACAGGGAUUAUCGCAGCUAAUUACGUGCAAAGCGAUGAGCGCUGGCUAGGCGACGCAACUCGGCGGCUCUUGUGUGUUUUCUCUUAUGUUGCGCUCAUUAGGCAUUGAUAAAACCUUUAUUUCUUUAAACUGUACACUCCUGUUUCUAGAACGUGAAGAAUGAUCUCGGGCCUUCGGGUGAUCGUGCCAGCAAUUAGAUGCAAG